AUGGCGACUGGUAAGUUGUUUUAUCUUUAUUUUUGUAAUUUUAGGUAUGUUAAGAAGUUUUUAAAAUCUAAAGCAUAGUAAAGUAUUGCUUCAUUCAAGAGAGUUGUUGUUUUUUGUUUAUGUUUUAUCUAGGCGUAUAAAUUAAUAUUUUGGCUGUCAAUUCAACUUUUUCUAACCGAAAUUUUAAGGAUUCAGUAAGGUCUUUUAAAUAAGAAUGUUUUAGUUGAUAUUCCACGCAAUUUUCGUCUGUUAGAAGAGCUGGAAGAAGGUCAGAAAGGCAACAAAGACAGCAAUAUUUCAUGGGGCCUUGAAGAUGAUGAUGAUAUGACUUUGACUCGCUGGAGCGGCAUGGUGUUGGGUCCACCAAGAGUAAGUUUUAUAUUUGGUCAUUACAUGUAUGCUAUUUUUUGUGCUGUUAGGUGUACUGACUGGAUUGUUAUAGAUUCAUUAAUGUUAAAUACUAUUGGAAACUUGUCGAUUUUAUAUCGUUAUGACAUUUUGAUGUAAUUUAUUGUUUUAGACUCCGUUUGAAACGAGGAUAUACAAUUUGCGAAUUGAAUGCGGGCCAAAUUAUCCAAAAGAGCCACCAACUGUACGCUUCACCACUAAAAUCAACAUCAAUGGAGUAAAUCCACAAACUGGAGUUGUAAGUUUAAUUCAUUUAUUCGGAAAAGAAUUUAUUUUAACACCAUGUGUGUUUGUAGAAAAAACGAUUUUUAUAUUCUUGAUGUAAAACUUUAUAUUCUGGCUUGAUUUCUAUUUUUUGAUCUUUGUUAAAUUUAUAUUGUUGUAGAUUGACAAACGCUACGUACCAUCACUCCGCCAAUGGACCAACACAUGCUACAUCAAAACCAUCCUGGACGAUAUCCGCCGGCACAUGAUGGCUAGCAAAGAGAAUGCCAAGUUGUCCCAACCGCCAGAGGGCACUACUUUCUAA